AUUUUCUCCGUUUCCGGGGAUGAGGAUUGGGCGUGUCAAAGUGUCCUUUAUCCGUGCACGUCUCAUCGUCCCCGCCGCCCCUGACCUUACACCGUCGCGCGGCGUCUCUUCUUCGUCUCUCCGUUCGAUCGAUCCCGUCCGUUUUCCUCCGACCACCCCCCAUUUCCGAAACCCUAGCAAGCUCCAUCUCCAUCAUCUUCAUCAUCUUCAUCUUCUUGGUCCUCCGGGAAGCACUCCGAUCGUUCAGCCCCGCAGAUGUCGCGCGAGGAGCCCGGCGUCUACCACGAGCGGCAGAGGCUGCAGUUCUGCCUCUUGCACUCCCUCAACAACCUCUUCCAGAGGAAGGACGCGUUCACUCGCGAGAGCUUGGACCUGAUCGCCGACAGGCUCGUCCUCGACGACCCCGACAAGCAGAGGUGGACCCCGCUGUCGCUGCUGUUCAAGCCCCACCACAACGCGCUCACCGGGAACUACGACGUCAACGUUCUCAUCGCCGCCCUGGAAGGCGAGGGCAAGCGGGUGGCGUGGCACGACCAUCGCAGCGGAGCCGCCGGGAUCGGUCUGGAGGAUCCGGACGGCAAAUUGAUGGGCCUUGUGCUCAAUGCGGUCAGGAGGUACGCCGGGCUCUGGCGGAGUAGGCAUUGGGUCGCGGUUAGGAAGGUCGAGGGCGUUUGGUAUAAUUUGGACAGCGAUCUCGACGGGCCUUUUGCUUUUCAAAGAUUAGAAGAAGUUAGGGAGUUCUUGGAUCAUGUUAUGGCCAAUGGUGGGGAAGUCUUGCUGGUCCUGAACGAUGACCAUUGAGUUAGGGAAGUUUGGUUGGUUCUUGUUGUAUAAAAUUGAUUCACACAGUGUAGAUAGGAUACACAGUGCUUCUUUUUAGCUUUGUGUUGGAUUUGGUUUCAGAUAAAGAUCCGCUUUGUAUCUGGUCCACAGUGAAAUUUCGAAAUGAAUGCUUAGCCUCUGAAGAUUUCUUGGUUUG